UUCUCUCAACUGUGAAAACACGAGGGAGAAAGACAGGAGUGUUGUGUCUUGGAAUUUUCUGUCAGUUUCUUUUGCUUUUGUAAAUUUUCUGCUCUCUCUCUCUCUCCUCGCGGCGAGGCAUUCGAUUUGUUUGUUCUGAAAAGUCGCAAACGAACGUAGCAUUCCCCAUUUCAGAAUUUUCAAAUAUUUGUUGUCAGAAAAAAGAUGAGCGUGUGUUUUAAAUAAGUUACCGAGGGAUACAACACAAAUAAGAGAGAAGCUCCAUUUCCCAGGUGUUUUGGCUCUCUCCUCUCUUCUAGAACUGAGUUGUCUUUUUCCCAUGCUCUAAACUAGCUCAAAGUUCAUAUCUUGAGGGCUAUUCCAAUCCCAAUUUAUAUGGGCAAUGCAGUUUUUCAGGACUAGGGUUUGGAUUUGACUUUUUAGUUCAUUGGGAAUUAGUGCAGCUGGAGAAAGUAGUUUGUUCUUGGGAAUAGAGAGGUACAAGAUGCCAUUGGACCUUGAUCUUGACUGAAUCUUGGUUCCUAGAUUUGAAUCGCAAUGAAAUUAAAGAAAACGAAAGGAUGGAAGUCGGUUAUUCCCCUCCGUUUGAAAGAAAAAUCAGCAGCCCGCUUCUGCUUGUUUCCAAAAUCAAGGUCAGAUGGUUAUGGCCCUGGUGAUACACCGGUUUACCUUAAUGUGUACGACUUGACUCACGUGAAUGGCUAUGUCUAUUGGGCGGGCUUUGGUGUCUUUCAUUCCGGUGUGGAAGUUCAUGGUGUAGAAUAUGCAUUUGGAGCUCAUGAUUAUCCGACCAGUGGGGUAUUCGAAGUUGAACCGGGGCACUGCCCGGGGUUCAAGUUUAGGAAGUCAAUAUUCAUUGGGACCACACGUUUGAAUCCAAACCAGGUGAGGGAGUUUAUCGAGCGCCAAGCUGCUAUCUACAAUGGCGACACGUAUCACUUGAUCAUGAAAAACUGCAACCAUUUCUGCGAGGACAUAUGCUACAAGCUUACGGGGAAGAAAAUCCCAAAAUGGGUGAACCGCCUUGCGAAAUUAGGUUCAAUGUUCAACUUCGUGUUACCCGAGGGCCUAAAGAUUGCUGCUGUGCAACACGACCCUAAUGGCAAAGAAUACGAGUCUGAGAAGAGAAAGUUGAAAAGCGAUUAUUGCCGUAUCCCUUCAACUUCUUCAACCAGGCAGAAGCGGUUUUCAACGUCCUCAACGUCCUCGCUGUUUCUGCAGUCGCCAUUGAGAGGCUGCUUAACAUCGUGGAAAUUGAGCAGGUCUAACAAUCAUUCCCUAAAGGGGAGAUGAUGAAUAGUUAAAAACCCCAUUUUGGAAUGUUUUCUAGUCUUUUUUCAUGUACUAUAGUGAAAAAAAUGUGAAGUCUGCUACAUAUGCUUGUAGAAUGUAACAAAGACAUUCCGCUCUCCAUGAAUUUGGUGAUUCUAUAUUCUUGGUUUCUUUAAUUACAUUUGUAAGAACUUGGCUGUGAUCUUAAUGCAUGUAUGCCUCUUUGAAAUUUUGCAACAA